AUGGACACUAUCAAGGGUGUUUGUUUGCAUGAUAAAGAAAGUCUGCUAACAGAGGAUUAUCGUAGUCUGCCUUCGCACAAGAAUCGUACCCGGAACUCAAGAUGUGUAGACAUAUUGUACGUCGGUAUUUUUUUUACCGCAGUUCUCGCCUGUAUCGUUUCGUGUGUCUGUGCAAUCUACUGUCACAAGGCUCUGUCUGACAUAAAGAAAUUACAACACGAUACAGAGCAUGGGAUCUCAGAGGCAAGAACGACACAGUUACCGCAAUUUUCUGAAUGGGCAUAUGAUAUAGAUACAAACUCGGAUGAAAGGGAAGACUAUGAUUUUUUGGAUGACUUGGAUGAGGUUGAAAUAGAGGAACUAUAUUCUGACGAUAUAGAUGAAAAUGAGGUUGAUGAAGAUGAAAAUGUUGACGGGUCUGGGGAUCGUGUAAGAAAGCGUCGUUCCAAUGCUAAAUCAUGUGAAGCCAAAUGUCAGAAAAGGAAAGGGAACAGACGUAACAGAUGUUUAAAGAAAUGUAAAACAGGAGGUAGACAGACUAAACAAGCGAUUAAUCUACCAGCAGCUCAGUUUGAAGUGAAAUUUACAGACGAAGAGAUUAAGGACACAGUUAAAGCUGAAUUUAACUCAUACGUCAACACAGGCACGUGCAGUAUUAUAAAGGGACUUGAUGGAAAGCUUUGUUUGAAUAGAACAUAUGUUCCAGAGAAAAAGGAUGUUCCGCUUAAAAUAUUCAAGGCUGCUAACUGGGUUGACGAAAGAAAAUCACCUGUGAAAUUCAACAAUUCAAUUGCCAAAGCAAAAUCCGCAGGCAUCUAUCUUGUCUAUGCCCAGGCAUAUAUAGGAGGAAAAGAACCUGAAAAGGCGGUUGUAGUUGUGCAAAAGCGUGGCGGUAAAGACCUCAACGCAUUUUCGUGUCGAACAGGCGUUCACCCAGACCAUUAUGACAGUAUGUCCAGCCAGCUUCAGACAUGUUCAGUUCUUAGUCUUAUGAAUGUAGAGGAGGGAGAUACUAUUGAAAUUCAGAGAAGUGCUACAACGUCACAAAUAAUACUGGACAAAGACAAGACGUAUUUCGGUAUUGUACAACUCAGUGGGAGCAAGAAAACGAGGAACUGAAACUUAUAUUCAUUGACAACUUAGGGCACUGUUACAUUUAGAGAUUAUUUUGCAUUUAGGUGUUUUGAUAUUAAGGUAUCAAGCUACGUUGGAGUAUAUGUUAUCAUAUGUCAAAUAGCAGUAUCAUUUUACAAACAUUAACAACUGUACAUACAAUCUUUAUAGGAAUUUUAGGUAUACAUUGUGAUUGAUCUUGCCACUUUGUUAUACAAAUUCAUAUAUGAUGUCAACAGAAAAAAGCAAUACCAAGUCUUUCAAAAAUAAAUCACCUUA